AUGGCACCCUCACACGAGGCGGACACUGAAACCUCCGUUCAGGAUGUCAUCUCCAACCCGCAAAAACAAGCUCCUGAACUCGUCGCCCCAGAACCGGAGCACUGCCCGGGCCCCGAGUCCGCCACAGCAGGCACGGCAGACUCCUGUGCCGGCUGCCCGAACAAGGAAAUCUGCGCCGCGACGGCAACCAAGGGCCCGGACCCAGACAUCCCCAUCAUCUCGUCACGGCUGUCCUCCAUCUCCCACAAGAUCCUGGUGCUGUCAGGCAAAGGCGGCGUCGGCAAGUCAACAUUCACAACCCUCCUGGCGCACGCCUUCGCCACAAACCCGGACAGCAGCGUGGGCAUCAUGGACACGGACAUCUGCGGGCCUUCGAUCCCCAAGAUGCUCGGCGUCGAGACGGAGACGAUCCACGUCUCGGGCGCAGGCUGGUCGCCCGUCUGGGUCCUCGACAACCUCGGCGUAAUGUCGAUCCAGUUCAUGCUGCCGGACCGCGACGCGGCCAUCAUCUGGCGCGGGGCGAAGAAGAACGGUCUCAUCAAGCAGUUCCUCAAGGACGUCGAGUGGGGUGCCCUGGACUUCCUCCUGGUCGACACGCCGCCGGGGACGAGCGACGAGCACCUCUCGGUGAACACGUUCCUGCGUGAAUCCGGCAUCGACGGCGCCGUGGUCGUCACCACACCACAGGAGGUCUCCCUGCUCGACGUCCGCAAGGAGAUUGACUUUUGCCGCAAGGCCGGGAUCAAGGUCCUCGGUCUCGCGGAGAACAUGGCGGGCUUCGUGUGCCCCAAGUGCACGAACCAGAGCGAGAUUUUCAAGGCAACCACGGGAGGCGGACGGGCGCUGGCCGAGGAGAUGGGGAUUCCGUUCCUGGGGAGCGUGCCGUUGGACCCGCGCAUCGGUAUGGCGUGUGACUACGGAGAGAGCUUCUUCGACAGUUUCCCUGAUAGUCCCGCAUGUUUAGCGUUCAAGGAGGUGGUGAGGAAUGUCAGCAAACAGAUGGGGCUGAACGAGAAGGAGGUGCUGCCGGAAUAG